AUGAAAAGCAAAGAAAGAUUAGGAAAUAGAGAGUCUAUUUCUUCAGACAAUAAUGAUCCAGGACCAUCCGGAACUAACUCAUCUUUUACAAUACCUAAGCCUGAUGUUAAUUCAAGUGUUGUCUAUUUAAAUAUUUAUGAUUUAGAUCCUGUUUCAAAAGUUGUUAAUUCUGUUGUAAAAUCUAUUGGAACAGGGGUUUUUCAUGCUGGGGUCGAAGUAUAUGGCUUCGAAUAUUCCUUUGGCUACAUACCAGGUGGCGAAACAGGAGUAAUGAAAACACAACCCAGAUACCAUCCUCAUCAUGUUUAUCGUGAAAGUAUUCCUAUGGGGUAA